ACUACCGAAUUCCCUCUCAAUCGCCCUCUCCCGACCUUCAAACAUCCUCUCUGAAAACAAAAUCAGGAUGUGGUUUACGAGGUCAGGUCGGUCAAUAUUUCCUCUCCUGCCGCCGUACGGAGCGCACGAUCCCAACAACCAAGGCCGCGCGACGACACUCCACCCAGAUGACAUUACACCUUACCUAGGCCUACGUGCUCGUCUCUCGCAAGUAUGGGUCAACCGGUGGACUAUCCUGAUACUACUCGUCCUGGUCAGGGCUUUGUUAGCUACCACGAGUAUAAAUUCGGAGAUGGCGUCGGCCAAACGCGAAGCCUUGUCUGCAUGUACAGCCGUCGAAGCCAUGGGCAGUGCCAUGGCUUCCAUGCCUCACUACCUAGCUGCAGGCGUCAACGAACUGGUAGCGUCAGGCAUUGAUGAUGUGGUGGAUGGGUUCGAGUCGGUACUCACUCUGACCGUCACCGGGGUCGAAGAAAUUGUGAUCUACAUCCUCAAAGUCAUGUACCAGACCUACCUCUGUCUCAUCACGCUGGCUGUGCGAGGCGCCGUCGAUGUCGCAGUGGAUUUACUGGAAGAUGCCGUGAGCGUGAUAAAUUCCACCAUUUCUGCCAUCGGGGAUGACAUCAACAGCGCCGCCGAGACGUUUGAGGAUGCCUUGGACGAAGUCAAGACUAUCGUCGCGAAAGUUGGAAUCGAUAUUCCCACUCUAGACUUGACGAAGUAUACCGAAAAACUAACAAAUAUCUCACUACCCUCCUCCAUAGACGAUGAUCUUGAAAAAUUAAACAGCUCCAUUCCGAGCUUUGCAGAGGUCAAGAAUCUGACAGAAACCGUGAUCGAAACGCCAUUCGAGGAAGUGAAGAAGCUGAUCAAGUCAUCUCUGGGCACCUACUCCUUUGACAGCUCGGCCCUCCCGGUGCCUGCAAAGAAAGCGCUGACGUUUUGCAAUGACAACGACGGGAUUGACGAAUUCUUUCAAGAGGUUGGAGACGUGGUUGUUCUCGCUCGAAAGAUUUUCAUCAUCGUCCUCGUCAUCGCAGCAGUACUUGCCUGCAUUCCAUCAGCCUGGCAAGAGAUUCGUCGGUGGCGACACAUGAAGGAACGCUCUCGACUCGUCCGCAAAGAAGCACACGACCCCAUGGAUGUGGUCUACAUUGUUUCUCGCCCUUAUACCGCCGCUGCCGGCAUCAAAGCAGCCAGCCAUUUCAGCAACAGUCGCAGACAGAUUCUCGUCCGCUGGGUGGUUGCAUACGCGACGUCUAUCCCGGCUUUGUUCGUGCUCGGAAUUGGAGUAGCAGGGCUAUUCGCCUGUCUCUGUCAAUACAUUCUGCUUCGAAGUGUCGAAAGGGCUGUUCCUGAGCUGACCGCGGAGGUGACAGCAUUCGCCGAUAAGGUCGUCGCCGCUCUGAACAACGCCUCGGCGGAAUGGACCACGGAAGCCAAUACGGUCAUUGAGCAGACGAACACCAAUAUAAACGAUGACCUCUUCAGCUGGGUAAAUAUCAGCACGCUGGCGCUUAAUGACACGCUCAAUGCUUUUGUCGACGAUACCGUCAGCUUGCUCAAUGAGACCUUCGGCAACACGGUGCUCAAAGAUGCCAUCUUGGAUGUUUUUGAAUGCGUCGUCGGCCUCAAGGUCGAGGGCAUCGAGAAAGCACUCACUUGGGUCAAUGAGCACGCGAAAAUAGACUUCCCUACCUUGCCGAACAAUACCUUUUCUCUUGGCGCGGCUGCCAGCAUCGGCAACUCCUCUGACAGCUUCCUUUCCACCGCGGGUGACACGACUUCGAACGAGAUUAGUGAAGUGGUCGUCCGCGUUGUCGACGAGAUCAAAGAGGGGAUUCGCACUGAGACCAUGAUCUCCAUGGUUUUAGUCCUUAUUUGGGUCCUCAUCGCGUGCAUCGGCAUCCUCCGCGCACUAACACUCUUCUGGGGCCGUGAGAAAAACCGUGGCGACGGAGGCGGGAUGCCGUUCCCUGCCUCCGUGACGCAUCACAACAAUCACAAUCAUAGCACCAACGUUGCCACCGACGUCGAGAACCCGUUUGACGACGUGCAUCUUGCUACUCUCUCGAACGAUCGGUCUCAGCCUGCCCCUCGGUACGAGUUCGCCAAGGCCCAAUCUGGGCCCUCGGGGGCUGCAGUGUCCGACGAACAAACGUAUCAGGACGAGAAGCUCGGAUUCGCAGGCCAGAGGUCAUUAAAGGUUGACGGCGGACUGUCGGCUCUACGGGGAAGUAGUUAUGUCGAGUAUGAUUCAGGAAAGCACUGAUUGAGCAUCAUCACCUUCUUUUCGAGGCCUCUCCUAAUAUUGCAUUG